UCUAAGCAACUUAAAAAAAUGGCAUCUAGAUCUUUUGCUGAGGAGGAUUUAUCUUGUCCGGUGUGCUGUGACAUUUUUAUAAACCCUGUCCUUCUUUCGUGUAGCCACAGUUUUUGUUCAAGCUGUAUUCAGAGGGUUUGGGAAAAUAAAACACUUAAAAAAUGUCCGGUUUGCCGAACAACAUCAUUAAAUGAUCGUCCUCCGGUAAAUUUGGCUUUGAAGAACUUGUGUGAGAGUUUUAAACAGGAGAGAAGAGAGAAAUCUGGAUCUGGAGUCUGUAGAGAUCACAACGAGAAGCUCAAACUCUUCUGUCUGGAUGAUCAACAGCCCGUGUGUUUAGUGUGUCGAGACUCCAGAAAACACACCGAGCACAGAUUCUGUCCUGUAGAUGAAGAUGUCGCGGAUAAAAAGGAGAUACUCAAAGCUUUACUGGAAGACUUACAGAAGGAACUGAGGACAUCUGUGAAUCAUGGACAGAAUCUGUGUAAAACUGCUGAAGAUAUUAAGUUUCACGCUCAAGGCACAGAGAAGCAGAUUAAAGAAGAGUUUGAGGAACUUCACCAGUUUCUACAUGAUGAAGAAGCGGCCAGAAUAACAGCGCUGAGAGAGGAAGAGGAGAAGAGGAGUCAGAUGAUGAAGGAGAAGAUUAAUGGGACGAGCAAACAGAUUUCAUCUCUCACAAUCACAAUCAGAGACAUCGAGGAGCAGAUGAAGGCUGAAGAUGCUUCAUUCCUGCAGGUGUCAAUUCAUCUUCAUUAUUCUCCAAUUAUAUGA